AACCGUGCAAAGAAUUAGAUUUGUAUAUCAACUCAAGGACCGAGCAACUACUGAAUUUGGCCAACAAUCAAGAGAGUCCAGAUGAUUUCGAAAGUGUUCUUAGCGGCCUUUUUAGCCUUUUCAUGUGCAGGGUCGUCUUUCGCUGCUCCUWCUACAGCUGCACCUCAGGAAUGCGACACUCGCAAGACCCUGAACGGUGGAUGUUGUGUUUUCCCCUUCACGUACCGCGGUGAAAAGUAUUACGACUGUACCACUAAAAACUCCAACAACGAAUGGUGCGCAACCACGUCUGACUACGAUGUCGAUAGUCAAUGGGGAGAGUGUGACAAACCGCCUGCGCCAAUAUUUGAUGUGAUUCUGGAAACCAAUAAAAAUGAAUCGACGAGCCGCGCUUUUUUGGCGUCUGGAGUUGAGCUAUUCCAAGGAGACAUUGUCGUUGACAAUGGCAUUAGGAACUACCUGAAUAGCCGUGGACUUACAACAGGAACAGGAAGGUCUAAAAGAGCUUUGAUGAAAAACGAGAGAGGACGGUGGAUAAUUGGAGGAAAAGGCGUCGUACCGUACAGGAUAGAGUCUUCAAACAGUCAUGCAAGAGGAGUCAUCGAACGUGCAAUGAGACAUUGGGAAUCCAAAGUUCCUUGUUUGAGAUUCAUACCAUGGAAAGGAAGAGGAGCGUACUUGUCGUUCUUCUCUGGAGGAGGAUGUUAUUCAAUGGUUGGUCGUCAAAGAACCUCGGGAGCGCAGAAGAUUUCCAUUGGUCGAGGAUGCGAGCAUUUGGGGGUAGUUGCUCACGAAAUUGGACACGCUCUUGGAUUCUGGCACGAGCAGUCAAGACCAGACAGAGAUAGUUACGUCAGGAUCAACUGGGCAAAUAUCCAACGAGGAAUGGCCUAUAACUUCCACAAAUACGACACGAACAAGAUCAACAGCCGUGGCAUAUCCUAUGAUUACGACUCUAUCAUGCAUUACUCAUCCACUGCCUUCGCCACUAGACGUGGUGUGUACACUAUCGUGGGUAAAAAUGGCAGGAAAAACCUUGGUCAGCGCUACGGCCUGAGCGAAAAAGAUGUGCAGCAAGCCAAUCUACUGUACUGUGGGAGAGGCCCUAGACCACAAACACCUAGGCCACCACGUCCACCUACCCCUCCCCCACCAGGAUGUCCUUACACUGACCAAAAGUACUGGUGUCCAUACUGGAAGAACCGCGGACUCUGUACAUCAGGGUCAACUGUUCAAUACAUGCAACGCUACUGUCAAAAAAGCUGCAAGUGUAACCAAACGAAAACCUGCAUAGAUAAAGAUCGCAAGUGUCCUCGUUGGAAAAGACUGCGUUACUGUAAUCAUUAUAAAUACGGCUCUUACGUCAAGACCUACUGCCGAAAAAGCUGUAAUCUUUGUUAAUUAUUAAAAAAAUUUACUAAAGAUUACUGAGAGUGAAAAAACUAAACUGUUGUUAACUAGGGUUGGAAUUGACUAAUCAAUAAACUCAUACGAUAUUGGUGAAGAAAA